AUGGAGAGAAACUUCAGGCCUAGCCUUAAUGCCACACAGGGUCAGAAGAAUUCAACCACAGUGACAACGUUCAUCCUCUUGGGCUUUACGGAGAAGCCUGAAUUGGGUCCUCUCUUCUCCGGCAUCUUCCUUUUUCUCUACACAUUCACAGUACUGGGCAACGGCUGGAUGGUCACUCUGAUCCGAGCUGAACAGCGUCUACACACCCCCAUGUAUUUCUUCCUCAGCAACCUCUCCCUUUUGGACCUCUGCUACUCCUCCGUCAUCGCACCCAAGGCCCUGGAGGUCCAGCUUCAGUGGGGCAGGGCGACCAUUUCCCUGCCAGCUUGUGCCACCCAGAUGUUCUGCUUCACUACCCUGGUGACUGCCGAGUGCUUCCUCCUGGCAGCCAUGGCGUACGAUCGCUUCUUGGCCAUCUGCCACCCAUUGACCUAUACCUUGCUCAUGACUCAAGGGCGCUGCCUCCAGCUCGUGCUUGGCGCUUACAGCUGUGGACUUCUCGGCUCCAUCAUUCAGACGAGCGGCGCUUUCCGCUUGUCCUACUGCGGCCCCAACCGGAUCAACCACUUCUUCUGCGACAUCCCUGCAGUCUUGAAGCUCUCCUGCUCAGACACUCAUCUCUCCGAGGCUAUUCUGUUCGCCUCCACGAGCGUCAUUGCCGUGGUGACCACAGCAAUUAUUUUCGCCUCCUAUAUGCGAGUUCUGUGGAGUGUCCUCAGAGGUCACGCCAGUCAAGGGCGGCGGAAAGCCCUCUCGACCUGCACUUCCCACCUCACUACGCUCAGUCUCUUCUACGGCACUGCCAUUUUCAUGUAUGCCCAGCCGAGGACCAAAGGCUCACAAGACCAAGACAAAGUGGUUUCCAUGUUCUACACACUGGUGAUUCCGAUGCUCAAUCCGCUAAUCUACAGCCUGAGGAACAAAGAUGUGAAGGAAGCCAUGAAGCACCUGAUGAGCAGGAAGAUAGGAGGCCUGUCUGCUAAGUAAUAUUUAUGCGGAAAGGCUUCCCUUUCGGUACAAAGAUUGAGCAAAAAAAUGAAGUUGUCACUAAUCCUGAUGUUAUGGGAUCAUAUGCAGGGCUCACUUCGAGGGGGAACAUGCCGGAACACAAUUCCGGCAGUUCCCCAAACAGGUCACGUCAGUUGG